AUGUCCUACAACCGACUCGAUCCCUUUGGGGAUGAGCAUCAUGCAUUGAAUCCGCCUAAUCCAAAUGCCUACAGCCGCACUCCAUCACCUGGUCGACCCCUGGAUACAUAUCAACUUCAGGACAAUCCAUAUGCGCCGACAGGCCAUUUGCCGAUGCCGUCAAGCGAUCGCCUUGCCGAUCAACCAACUUACUCUGUUGAAAAUAUCCCACAUUCCUAUGGCCACCAGGAGGCCUACGAAGACCACGCCCCGCAACCGUAUGGCUACAACGAGUACUCCGUCGACCCUGAAGCUCACCAUGACGCCUACUAUACCCAACCCUAUGAGCCUUCACAUACACCCCAUGAUGACUACGACCUAGGCCAGUAUCCCGAAGCUGGUCACACUCCCUUUGAAGACAAUGCGCCAAUGUUGGAACAUGGCGACAACCCAUUUGGGCCGGACGCUGCUGCUUAUAAAGAAGAGUACGCGGAUGAGCCUAGGCCGACCCCCAGUCCCGCUCCUAUUCGUCGCUGGAAGACUGUAAAGGAAGUGCAACUGUUCAACGGUAACUUGGUUCUUGAUUGUCCCAUCGCCCCAAGAUUGUUGAGCCAGGUCCCACACGCAGACCCUCCAGGUCGUGAUGAGUUUACCCAUAUGCGAUACUCGGCCGCAACUUGCGACCCUGCCGAUUUCUUCGAUGAGCGAUUCACUCUUCGUCAGAAGCUGUUCGCGAAGCCGCGUCAUACAGAGCUCUUCAUCGUUGUGACCAUGUACAAUGAGGAUGACUUUUUGUUCGCGCGUACCAUGUCCGGUGUUUUCAAGAACAUUGAUCACAUGUGCUCGCGAACUAGCAGUAAGACCUGGGGCAAGGAUUCAUGGAAAAAGAUCGUGGUUUGUGUGAUCAGCGACGGUCGUGCCAAGAUCAACCCACGUACUCGCGGUGUGUUGGCUGGUUUGGGUGUGUAUCAAGAUGGAAUCGCCAAGCAACAGGUCAAUGGAAAGGAUGUGACUGCCCAUAUCUACGAAUACACCACCCAGAUUGGGUUGGAGGUAAAGGGCACUCAGGUUAGCCUGAAGCCACGUUCAGGUCCUCCUGUGCAGAUGAUUUUCUGUUUGAAGGAAAAGAAUCAGAAGAAAAUUAACUCUCAUCGUUGGUUUUUCCAGGCGUUUGGUCGCGUGUUAGACCCUAACAUUUGUGUUCUUCUGGAUGCCGGUACCAAGCCCGGUAAAGACUCAAUCUACCAUCUAUGGAAGGCAUUUGAUGUGGAGCCUAGGUGUGGUGGUGCUUGUGGUGAGAUCAAGGUCAUGUUGUCUCACGGCAAGAAAUUGCUGAACCCACUGGUGGCUGGUCAGAACUUCGAGUACAAGUUGAGUAACAUUCUCGACAAGCCUCUGGAGUCUGCGUUCGGAUUUAUUACUGUGUUGCCUGGUGCUUUCUCUGCAUACCGAUUUGUUGCCCUACAAAACGACAAGAACGGACAGGGUCCCCUUGAGCGAUACUUUGCUGGUGAGAAGAUGCACGGUGCCAAUGCCGGUAUCUUCACUGCCAACAUGUACCUCGCUGAGGAUCGAAUUCUGUGUUUCGAGAUUGUCUCGAAGCGCAAGUGUCGCUGGCUCUUACAGUAUGUCAAGUCUUCGACCGGUGAGACUGAUGUGCCCGACCAAAUGGCCGAGUUCAUUCUACAGCGUCGUCGUUGGCUGAACGGUAGCUUCUUCGCUGCUGUUUAUGCCAUCGCACAUUUCUAUCAAAUCGGUCGCAGUGACCACAGCUUCCUCCGCAAAUUCGCCUUGUUCAUUGAGUUCAUUUACCAGACAAUCGCUAUGAUCUUUGCCUGGUUCGGAAUCGGUAACUUCUUUUUGGUCUUCCACAUUUUGACAGCGUACUUGGGUGAUUCCGAUCUACUCGGUACUGCUGGCAAAGUUUUGGGAAUUGUUUUCGAAUGGCUCUACCUCGCGACACUGGUCACUUGUUUCGUUCUGGCUCUUGGUAAUCGGCCUGGUGGUUCCAACAAGUUUUACAUGACAAUGGUCUACUUCUGGAUUUGUAUCAUGAUAUACUUGUCAUUUGCGGCCAUUUACGUCACAGUCAAAUCGAUCGAAGAAGAAGUAGCAGAGAAAACUUUCUCCGUCAGCCAAUUGUUUACGAACAAGACCUUCUUCUCCAUCAUUGUGUCUCUUGGUACAACUUAUGUCAUGUGGUUUGUGGCGUCGUUCAUCUUCUUGGACCCAUGGCACAUGUUCACAUCGUUCAUUCAAUACAUUCUCUUGACCCCGACCUACAUCAACGUUCUCAACAUCUACGCCUUCUGUAACACCCACGAUAUUACCUGGGGUACAAAGGGAGACGACAAGGCCGAAAAGCUGCCAUCCGCCACUCUGAAGCCUGGUGGCAAGGUCGACGUGAACAUUCCUCAAGAUGAUGGUGACCUGAACGCGCAGUACGAAGCCGAGUUACAGAAGUUCGCACAAAAGCCACCCAAGGAGGUCCCGGCGGUCACGGAAGAAGAACGCCAGGCAGACUACUACAAGGGUUUCCGUAGUGCCGUCGUGUUGGCCUGGGUGUUCUGUAACUUUGCGCUGGGCGCUGUUGUGCUGAGCGCGGCGGGUCUCGAGACAUUCGACAGCACCACCACCAGUGACGGAACCACCACGGACGAAACACAAAAUGAGCGGUCUAUGAUUUACAUGGAGGUUGUUCUAUGGAGUGUGGCAGGUCUUUCGACGUUUAAAUUCAUGGGUGCCAUGUGGUACCUGGUUGUUCGAGCCUUCCGAGGCGUUUGA